AUGGCGGACGCCCAAAAGACGGGCAAGACGGACCGCCCUCCGACCCCGCAGUUGGAAGUGCCACCGGAAGACCGCACGUCAGCGAGGACGGCGUCUCCGGCCCGGCUCCCGACGGAACUCGCACUCAAGGUCAAGACGCAGAUGGGUCGGAUCGCCACGCUCAGGGAACUCACCGAUUCGCUGCCGGAUGUCCCGGCAAAGACAUCCCUCGAGGAAGUGGGGCAAUUCCAGCUCUUGAUUGAAGAGACGCACAAGGCGUUUCUGAAGGAGCACGCCUACUUCGAGGUCUCAUGGCCUUCGGCUCUGAUCCACCACGAUUAUUUUGCGGAGAAUGCUCAUCAACAAGAGUCACGAUGCUACAUGCAGGCGCGACGAGUCAUCGGCGUGCUCCGCCACGCAUUGGCAGCUCAGCCCGCUCAAUCACAGACCAGCUCAUCGGCCGGAGAGGACCGGCGCACGCACUCACGGCUACGGGACAUCUCACUCCCCAAGUUCACCGGGGAGUAUGCCGCAUGGCCUGCCUUUCGAGAUCUCUUCUCGAGCCUGAUCAUCUCAAACCAGCAGCUCACGAACACUGCUCAUCCAUUCCUGCCUGGAAUGGAUAAGCUGUUCGCCAACUCAACACCUGUGCCGAGGAAGGUGGCAUCCUUGGACAAGCUCGUCUCAGGAGUGAAGGAGGCCCUCAAGGCACUUGAGGCCCUCGAGGUCAAGGAAAAGCUGGGGAACUGCGCAGUAGUCUACCAAGUCACGCGACAGCUCGACCGCGUCACGCGGGAACAAUGGGAGAACACGGUUGGCGCCACACGGGAGUAUCCUACGUUCGAGAAGCUCGAGGAGUUCCUGACCUCUCGGACACGGGCUCUCGAGCGGAUCGAGUCCACGACUUUUCAACCAGGCCCCAGCUCAACAACAUCACCGCCAAAGAAGGCUAGCUCUCACCAGACGACUCAUCAAGGCGACUCAUACCCGUGCGACUGCUGUAAUGCGCAGCACUUUAUAGUCAUGUGCGCCAAAUUCAGAGAUCUUUCACCGCAAGACCGGCACAAGGUGGCAAUCAACAAGCGCCUGUGCUUUAAUUGCCUAGGGCGCCAUAACGUGUGCUCGUGCAAGUCUCAGAAGGGCUGCAAAAGGUGCACGGAGCGUCAUCAUACGAUGUUGCAUGACGCACACCCGACAGCUGCACCCGCUCAAAAAACCGCCUUGGCACUGAUCAGCUCAUCCGCAACUCAUUACUCAGCGCGUCUACUCAUUGACGCAGGCUCAGAACUCACCUUCGUCACGGAGAAUCUCAUUCGACAGCUCAACAUCCCUCGUCAAUACUCAGGUAUUGUCGUCAAUGGAAUUGCAGGCAAGGAGUGUACUCGGACACGAGGAGUCGUGUCACUCACGUUACGCUCGACACAUUCCAGCGCAACUGCCACAAUUCAAGCUCAUGUCCUCCGGACAGUUACAUCAAUCUUACCAUCUUUCGAGGCGAAACCGGAAGAAUGGCCGCAUCUCAGGAACUUGGCAUUAGCCGAUCCAGAUUUUCUCAUCCCGCGGCCAGUUGACAUCCUCAUCGGAGCAGACGCUUAUGGGCAAAUUAUCAAGCCCAAUAUCAUUAGGCAUUCUCCACUCAUGCCGAUAGCGCAACUCUCCAUUUUCGGAUGGCUCGUUCUUGGACCAGUCAAUAGAAAAGCAAUACGCGCAUCAACGCACCAUGCUUCUACUCAAGUCAACGAGGAUGUUCUCAAUGAGUUAUUGACCAAAUUUUGGGUUCAAGAGGAGGUGCCUACUCACGAUGUCAAUCAAUUCUCUCCUGACGAGCAGAGGUGUGAAGAGCACUUCAAGACUACACACUCUCGUGAUUCAUCAGGGAGGUACAUCGUCAGGAUUCCACUUAAAUCACCAGCGGAUCUUUUGGGUGAUUCUUACCAUGUCGCUGAUCGGUGCCUCAAGGGAUUACGCAGACGAUUCUCAAGGGAUGUGGAUUAUCAACGUCUCUAUCAACAAUUCAUGUUGGAGUACGAGACACUCAACCACAUGACGAAGGCAUCAUCCAGCUCCAGUCGUCGCUCACACUUCUACCUGCCACAUCACGGUGUUCUCAAGCCUGACAGUACAACAACAAAGCUGUGGGUCGUGUUUAAUGGCUCCAGCGCAUCCACAUCAGGCUACUCUGUCAACGACCUCAUGUACAUGGGAGCGAAAUUGCAUCUGAACAUCUCAGAUGUUCUCCUCUGGAUACGGAGACAUCGUCACAUUUUCGCCACGGACAUCACCAAGAUGUACAGGCAGAUCAAAAUUCACAAGGAUGACUGGGAGUUGCAGCGGAUACUCUGGAUGGACGAUCAGCUCAAUGAGGUGCCAUAUCAUCUGACAACGGUCACCUAUGGAACAAGGCCGCACCAUUCUUAG